AUGCCGUCAUUCCAACAUCUUCUCAUUCUCCUUCUCCUAGUCAUCAUGUCUACGGCAUUCAUCCUCCAAGACCUUCCAUUGGAACGUUUCGAACGAAGUGGACAUCAUGGAAGUGAGGAAUUGUUUGCACCCGAACGACACACUCGAUCCAGAGACGUCUAUAGACCGGGAGGAGGGAAAUUUUGGCAGAGAUAUAGGUGA